AGGAGCAGUUGUUAUAUAACAUCGGAGAUCUUUUUCAAGCUGGCACCGACACAACAGCAGGCUCGAUAAGAUGGAUGCUGCUAUGUAUGCUGAAAUACCCAGAGGUACAAAAGAAAGUGCGCGCUGAGAUUCUCAGUCAAAUAGGCUCAGAGAAAUCUCCUUCUAUGACAGACAAAUUGCAGCUGCCUUAUACCGAGGCGACAAUACUCGAGGUUCAGAGGAUUUAUGGUCUAGUCGUUCCCCUGGUUCUUAUUCAUCAGACUAAUCAGGUUACACAGCUAAAGGGAUAUACUCUACCACCAAACACCUUAAUUGGAGCCAAUCUGUAUGCAAUCC